AUGAUCGAAGCAAUUCUGACAGGCUCUGAACCCGACCAAGUCCACGAAUUGCAUCAACCAAACGCGCAGCUCGACAUAGCAUUCGACGUGGUAGGCUGUGUUAUGACACUAAAUGAAUGCAUCCAUGAUCCUUCACGACCAAAGAUCGGCUACUCAGUCAGUCUAAUGAUCAAAGCGGCAAACACCCACUUUGUGAACCUAGAAGGCCUUGAAGAUCAUUCCCUCCUUCUAACCAUCCGAAUCCGUCAUUCAGCAUGUGCUGUGAGAGGCAACAAGAUGAUUCUGAGAGAAAAGUUCAACGGAUACUUCCCUGACCCUCCGUAUAGUCGACUAUACAAUGAUCUGUUCGAGUGCCGUUGGCCUGAAAAGACACUCCAGAUUCGUCUGCCCGAGGAGAGAUGUCGACGCUGGAAGACUGUCGCUCUGAUACUGCGAACCUUCGGGCAGAUCAAUGGAGAUAGCUAUUGUCAUAUAGCUAACAUGGUGUUUACUCCCCGUGUGGGUGGGCUCAAUGUGCGUCAGAUUAAGAAGGACAUCAAGAUAGAGCUGGCGAAGAAUGAUCAUAAGCGGAGGAAGAAUCCUGUGUCUCCUGAGUACAUGGUGACGGUUAACGAUACCGAGAAGGUUGAUAUACUCAAUCAUGCUUAUGAAGUUCAUCUCCUUGCUUUUAUUCACAGCUCGUCUCGGUUUCUUCGGCCACAGUACCUGUAG